UCCUCUUCUGCACCCACCGGUCCCGGCUGCUGUUACUACUUGUGUAGCAGCGUGUUUCCUCACGCACGCGUUUGCAACAACAGCUGCCGCCACCCACCGUCACCACCCCGCCAUACCCCACCAUCUGCCACGCCCCAUCGACGCCGUGCAGACUGCGAGCAUCUCACACAACACACGUAGCCACCAUGGCGCCCUCGUCGGUACAGCCAAACCCGACUGCCCACAAUGUCGCCCAGCUGCUACCGAAGCUCACCGAUGCGGACCCCGACUUUCGGUUCAUGGCUCUAAGCGACCUGCACGACACGCUCGUCAUUGCCCACUCGGGGUUCCUACACCACGAUGAAGUGACGUGUGCAAAGACUGUCGACGGUCUGCUUGGUACACUGGUCGACACAAAUGGCGAAGUGCAGAACCAAGCAGUCAAGUGCUUAGGGCCAUUCGUGAACAAGAUCCCGGACAAGAUCCUGUGUCCUAUGAUCGAGAAGCUCUCAAAUCUGCGGACCGACAGCGCUGUUGAUCAGAGCAUACCCUCACUGGCCCUCCGCGAAGUUGUCGUCUCACUCCCACGUCCCGUCCUCGGUGUUGUGCGCACGAAGCCAGUUCUCGACGCAUACAGCGCCAUCAGUAGGGUGCUCAUCCCACGCCUCGUAGGAUACCAUGUGAUCCAGCCAGCGCAGCAAGGCCUCCCCAAGGUACCGCAGGGUAUGUUGCAAGUGGACUUGGAGAAGGGCACAGACAGCAACGCCAUAGACGUUUUGAUCGAGAUUGCGCGCUGCUUUGGGCCAUUAUUGCAGGACGUUGAGGUUCAAGCGCUGCAGAAGAUUACAUUCGAGAUCCUCGAAAAUGAUCGAGCGAGCUCCAUGAUGAAGAAGAAGUCGGUCACGGCCAUCUCUACGUUAGCAGGAUAUUUCGCAGAUCAGUUGCUGAGCAGCUUCCUGUCUCGCGUCAUCGAGCAUCUCCGAGACGUCCACUUGGUCCGCAGCAAGCGCAAGCUCUAUAUCACCAUCCUCGGCUCCAUGGCAAGGUCGAUCCCUCGCAAAUUCGGUCCUUACCUGACGAUGCUAGCACCGUUCAUUCUAAGUGCAGUGAGCGAACAAGAACAGGAAGACGAUAUGGAUGUGUCUGACGACGAGGCCGAGCGCGAUCCUGAGAUAGACGAGGUGCUGGAAGCUGCCCUCAUUGCUCUCGAGAGCUUCCUCGCUUCGUGCUCCCAGGACAUGCGGAUAUAUACCGACGAGACAAUCGCCGCAGCCACACGCUUCCUGAAAUACGACCCGAAUCUCGCACAAGACGACGACGACGAUGAGGAUCCCAUGGAAAGUGACGAAGAGGACCCUCUCGAGGGCGAGGACUUCGAAGAGGAAGCCGGGUACGACGAUGACGAGGACGCCAGCUGGAAGGUCCGUAGAUGCGCAGCCAAAGUCCUAUACACUUUGAUCUCUACUCGAAGCAAUGGUGAUCUCAUGGACGAUGGCACGCUCUACAACAAGGUCGCCCCAGCUUUGAUCGCACGUUUCAAGGAGCGGGAGGACAACGUGCGUCUCGAAGUUCUCGCAACGCUGUCGAAUCUGGUAAAGAAGUCUGGAGAUGGGCCUAGCCCAGUCAAGUUCGCCGACGAACACCCUCAAGGCGGGACAAUGAUGCCACCACCGAGUCGUAAGCGCCGUAGGGGUGGUAGUGACGCAAGCAUGCUCGACUUGCACGCAAAUUCAGUCUCGAUGGGCUAUGCUUCCCCUGCUCGUACAGGAACGCCACCAGUCGGUCCUCGUGCUAGUCUUGCGAAGCUUAGCCCUGAAAUAGUCAAGGGCGUUGCACAACUUCUCAAGCAGGCAACCUGCCCACCAUCGACGAAGCAAGCUUCUAUUGUUUUGAUCAAGGAUAUCGUUAUCACCCAGCAAGGCGGUCUCGAGGGCUACUUGUCACAGCUAUUGGAGCCAGUGGUGGAGGCUUCGAAGACCAGCAGUGGACUCACAAGCAGCGCAUCAACGACAGCCAACAGCCUCCGCAUUCAGGCCCUGCAACUUGUCGGCGCAAUCGCUGAUACACAUCACGCAAAAGACAUACAGCCGUACCUGUCGAGCAUCGUCCCCGCACUCCUGAAGGGCGCGACUGAAAAGUACAGCAAACUGUCUAUCGAGGCGCUUGCGGCAACUGAGCAGGUCAUCAAAGCUCUCACACCCCCACGCUCCGUGGCAUCAGGGUCACAAAAUCAGCAAUACCUGGAGCCCUUGUAUGACACACUGGUCAGCCGGAUAUCAGCGAAUGAUGCAGAUCUAGAGGUCCGACAGAGCGCUAUCCACGUCCUUGGGUUGUUGCUUGGCCGGAGCUCUGGUACAGAAGGUCUACUGUCAACGCAAAAGCGAACAGCUGGACUCGAACUUCUGGCUGAUCGUCUAAGGAAUGAACUUACCCGCCUAGCAUCAGUUCGUGCUAUCGAUUCUAUUGCAGCCCAUACGAAAGCCCAGAACGAGCUUUCUGCGAAGUGGGUUCAGACUGUUGCUUUGGAACUCGGCGCCCAGCUCCGCAAAGCUAGCCGUGUCCUCCGCGGUGCAAGUCUGAGUGCACUGAGGACCCUAGCGUUGAACGAGCGCUCUAGAGCCCAGCUUGACGGACAAACCAAGACACAGAUUGUCAAUCUUCUGCUGCCGCUCUUGAAUGCCUCUGACCUUCACCUUCUGGGGCCUGCGCUUAUCAUAUUGGCGACCUUUGUUCAGGAUGACGCCAAUCUGAUACUGACACCUGAACUCAACGGCGCACUUUGCCAAGUUGUACAAGGGUCUAUCAGCGGCUCUUCUCUUGAUGCGCUGUUGAAGCUCGUCCGUACGAUUGGAGAGGAGCAAGCUGGUCAAGCUCUGAUGAAGUCGCUACUCCAAGAUGUCGGCGUUGCCGGUCAUCCAGAAGUAGUUGGUAAAGUCAUUGGUAACCUUCUUGUAUACGGAGGGGCAAGCGUUGGCGUCAAGCUCGACCAAUUCGUCAUCGAGCUCGAAACAGCUCAAGACGACAAGCGAAAAUGUCUUGCACUCGUCGUUCUUGGAGAAGCAGCGCUUCGUCUUGGUAAACAGUCGACGGUGGACCCUAAUCUGUUCAUCCAGUACUUCUCCGUCAAGUCUGAACAAGUGCCGCUUGCAGCUGCUGUUGCACUUGGUCGGGCCGGUGCUGGAAAUGUCAGCCAAUAUGUCCCUGUCAUUCUUUCUACCAUGGGCAAGCAAUCUGCGCCUCAGUAUCUCCUGUUGCAUGCCAUCAAGGAGAUCUUGCAGCAAGAAGAUACUGAGUCCGAAAUCAUCCCAUACGCUUCCACACUUUGGCAGAACUUGGUCGCUGCAUCGCAGCUUGAAGACAACAAGGCAAUUGGUGCAGAGUGUGUUGGCAGACUUACUAUUAUCGAUCCCAAGACGUAUCUGCCUCAACUUCAGGGAUUUCUCACCGACCGCAAAGCUGCUGUCCGCGGUAUGGUCAUCUCUGCGCUGCGGUACACGCUUGCCGAUACUGAUGAAGCCUAUGAUGAGUACCUUCGGCCAAUCGUCGUUCCAAUGCUCGUGCAGAUGCUCGACGAGGAGGAUUUGGACAACCGCCGCUUAGCACUUACCACUUUCAACUCCGCCAUGCACAACAAGCCCGAGAUCAUCCUGCCGGCUCUGGACCUGCUUCUCCCCCUCGCCAUGAAAGAGACACAUCCCAAACCUGAGUUGAUCCGCGUGGUGCAGAUGGGACCUUUCAAGCACAAUGUCGACGAUGGUCUCGAGAUCAGGAAGUCCGCAUACGAGACAUUGUAUGCGCUCCUCGAAACCGCAUUCGCCCGUCUUGGGCCCAUCGAGAUAUCUGACUGCUUCGAGCGAAUCGUUGCUGGCAUCACCGACGAGCACGAUAUUCGGAUCCUUUGCAACCUUAUGCUGACCAAGCUGAUGUCCCUCUCGCCCGAACAAGUGCACUCGCGAUUGGAGGCUAUCGCAUCGAACUUCCGCACCGUCUUGAUGGUGAAGCCAAAGGACAAUGCGGUUAAGCAGGAAAUUGAGAAGAUUCAAGAAGGUGGCAAAGGUGUGCUCCGUGUUACUGUGUUGUUGAACAAACGAUUGGGUACAGAAGGUACGGUUGGUCAAGACGACCCACAGUCGAGGACAUGGGCGCAGUACUGGGAUUGGGUGCAAAAGGAGCAUGGACAACGCCUCAAGGAGGCUGUCGAUGAGUUGAAGGAGCGCGAUCGCUAGAUUGCUAUCGAAUGCGUUUAGACGAAAAGUGUGCACAAGAGAAUCUGCAUAACGCAUGAAGUAACGGAAACGUGCAGUUCAUGAUUUGCCAGUAUGGCCUACAUAGCGGUCGCAUAGCAUGGAUACUGGACAACACAGCUCACGGGCUUCGGGACCCAAUAAUAUUACGAUGCCAUACACCUUCUCUUUGCUAACGUUAUUUGUCCAGUCAU